AUGGGAGGCAAGCUGAGCAAGAAGAAGAAGGGAUAUGAUGUCAGCGACCCAAAGGAUAAGAAAGAUGACAUUACAGCGGCAGCGGUCAGUGCCGUGGAGUCCGUCAAGGCUGCCGUGGUGAAUGCAGCCCCGGCACCCAUUGCUGAGCUGUACAGGAAGCUGUCACCGGAGGGGAGGAGCCGGCGGAACCUGCACCUGCAGAGAAGGGCACUGCAGAACCUGAGGCCGCCCCAGAGGAACCGGCCCCUGCAGCUGCCCCAGAGGAACCGGCCCCUGCAGCUGCCCCAGAGGAACCCGCCCCUGCAGCUGCCCCAGAGGAACCCGCCCCUGCAGCUGAACCAGAGGAACCGGCCCCUGCAGCUGAACCAGAGAUACCGGCCCCUGCAGCUGCCGCAGAGGAACCGGCCCCUGCAGCUGCCCCAGAGGAACCUGCUGCCCCAGAGGAACCGGCCCCUGCAGCUGCCCCAGAGGAAGUGGCCCCUGCAGCUGAACCAGAGGAACCGGCCCCUGCAGCUGCCCCAGAGGAACCUGCUGCCCCAGAGGAACCUGCUGCCCCAGAGGAACCGGCCCCUGCAGCUGCCCCAGAGGAAGUGGCCCCUGCAGCUGAACCAGAGGAACCGGCCCCUGCAGCUGCCCCAGAGGAAGUGGCCCCUGCAGCUGAACCAGAGGAACCGGCCCCUGCAGCUGCCCCAGAGGAACCUGCUGCCCCAGAGGAACCGGCUCCUGCCGCUGCCCCAGAGGAACCCGCUGCCCCAGAGGAACUGGCCUCCGCUGCUGCCCCAGAAGAACCUUCCCCUGCUGAUGCCCCAGAGGAACCUGCCCCUGCAGUGGAUGAGCCAGAGCCUACUGCAUCAGAGGUCCCUGAGGAGCCAGAAGCGCCUUCUCCAGAGCUCACUCCCACAGAACCUGCUGCCCCAGAGCCAGAACUAG